AUAAAGUUUAGCGGAAAAUAAAAAAGGCAAUGGGAGGUGAGAGAGGAGCAGGGGAGACAGCAAUGACGAAGAAGAAGAAGAAGGGGAGACCCUCUCUUUUAGAACUCCAAAAACGCUCCCUCAAACAACAGAAACUCCAGGGGCGGAGCCACCACCAAUCGAUUCCGCAACACAAAACCCCUAAUCUCGUAAACCCUAAUUCCCCCCUCAAUUCAACCCGCCGGUCCACUCGCCGGGACCACAAUCUAGACGGCGGAUACCCUGUUCCUGACUCGACUGACGGAGGAGACGACGACGACGAGCGCCAACAGAAGAAGCAUAAGCUGUUGCUCGGCCUCAAUUCUUCUCGUAACCAACAGCAUUAUUCCAUCCCAUCCACGCCCGAUUCGGCCUCCUGCAGGUCCGAUUCGAAUGCCGAUGGUGAAGAUCAGGAGGCGUCACUCAAGCGUCACAAAGUCGCCACCAUCGGGCCCGGAUCUGAUCAAAUGGGAGAGAGGCAGGGAGAGAGGGUAUCGAAAGCGACAGACGCUCUUCAUGGGUCGCCGGUGGAGUCUGGCCCCACGACACCUUUGCCAGACAAAAAGUUGUUGGUGUUCAUUCUUGACAGGCUUCAAAAGAAGGACACCUAUGCGGUUUUCUCUGAGCCGGUGAAUCCUGAAGAGCUUCCUGAUUACCAUGAGAUCAUUGCACAUCCAAUGGACUUUUCGACAGUCAGGAAAAAGCUUGAUGAGGGAGCUUAUACAACCUUGGAACAAUUUGAGAAAGACAUUUUCCUGAUAUGCUCAAAUGCAAUGGAAUAUAAUGCAUCAGAUACAAUUUACUUUAAACAGGCACGUUCUAUGCAAGAGCUAGCUAAGAAGGACUUUGAGAAUUUGAGGCAAGAUAGUGAUGAAGGAGAACCACAAACGAAAGUUGUGAGGAGAGGAAGGCCACCUGGAAAGAGCCUCCAAAAGUCAUUGGAGUCAUUGUCUUUUGAUCGUGUUGGUUCUGAGUUUUCCUCUGAUGCUACUCUAGCUACUGGACCAGAUGCUUCCAGACAUAACACUUACAAUUUGAGGAAAGUACCAAGUUCACACAAGCCCCGCUUUGCUGAUCCAUAUAUCAGGCCCUCCUGGGGUUCUCAUAGCAAUGACAAUUAUUCCAGCUGGUUGUCCGAAUUGGAGAACGAAUUUCCAGCUUCUGUUGUGAGGGCUGUGACGAAGUAUGGGAAGAAACAUUUUGCAGUAGAUGAGAACAGGCGUGAUACCUACAAACUUUCAUGCGCUUCUGGACAUGAGCAGCCAAUCUUUCCCAUCUUGGAUGGAGAACUAAAACAACUAAUUCCGGUGGGCUUGAGUGCUGAAAAUGGUUAUGCUACAAGCUUGGCACGUUUUGCUGCAGAUCUUGGACCUGUUGUUUGGAAAAUAGCUUCAAAGAAAAUCGAAAGUGUUUUACCUAGAGGAGUGAAGUUUGGUCCCGGAUGGGUAGGAGAAAACAAGAUUGAGCAGCUGCGGUUUUCGUUUUCCGAUAAACAGAUAUCUUCAAACUCUAUCUGAUAACUAUUCCAG